GGGGGGGGUUGUGUGCUUGCCUGCAACAUGACAUUUGUUUUAAAUGUAAUGAAAUGUUGGUAUAAUUAUUGUGUUUCUUGCUGUAAACUAAACCCAGCAUUGGUCAAUUUAUUAGCAAACAAACGUUUUCUUAUUUUCUUUUCAGCACUUUUGUGAGGGGGUGUCGUUAAACAUUCAUUCAUUCAAUCAUUCAUUCAGCACUUUUAUUGUUCUAGUUGGAUAAGAACAAAUCCAACAAUAUGACAAUCAUCGAUGAGGAGAACCGACCGAUUAUAAAGAAGAAACCCGAAGCGGCGGAGAGCAGCGAUGAAAAAAACCAGUCGUUGUGGUCGUUAUCUAGUGGAAAACGAUUUCUGUUAGUCAUGAUGUUCUUUGGUAAUGUUUUUGUGUUUUCCGGAUAUUCCCUGCUGUCGCCAUUUUUCCCAAAUGAAGCUGCGAAGAAAGGUACGUCGCCAGGCCUAGUUGGACUGAUAAUAUCUUCCUACGAGUUUGUCAUGUUUCUGACAGCGCCCCUGUUUGGAAAAUAUAUAGCCACUCUGGGGUUUCGCUUUAUGUACGUUACUGGCGUCUUCGUGUGUGCUUUUUGCACUGCACUGUUCGGUAUUUUAGCUUACGGUCCAUCUGGAAUUAUUUUCAUCGUGAUGUGUCUCCUAACUCGCUCCUUAGAGGCCAUUGGCUCCUCUGCUUUCAUCACAGCAUGUUUGACGCUGGGCACGAUAAGUUUCCCUGACAACGUAGCUCUAGUGGCUGGAUAUUUAGAAUCAGCUAUGUCUGUGGGAACGCUGAUUGGACCAACUAUAGGCGGAAUACUCUUCCAGGAGGGAGGAUACUAUUUACCAUUUGUGACAGUGGGCGGGGCGAUUCUUGUGUGUGGGGUAGUCUCUUGCGCCUUCUUGCCGAAACCAGAAAAAGCGAUACCGGGCAAGGCCGGGUCGUACACGGUUCUCUUCAGAAGUAAAGUCGUGUGCCUGUCUACAUACGUCAUCAUAUGCAUGGGUUUUUCCCUGUCAUUCUUCUCCCCGACUCUAGCGCAACAUCUGCAACAAUUCAACUUAAAUCCUUUGCUGAUUGGACUAGUAUUUACUGCCUGUCCUGUAAUCUACUUCUUGCUGGGACCUAUCACUGGCCGGAUGGCGGACAGCGGAUAUCACAAACCCAUGAUGGUCACAGGAUGUUUCUUAACUUUUCUUGGUAUCCACCUUAUAGGUCCUUCUCCAUUAUUGUCAACAAAACCUACUCUGUGGAUCACCAUUGUUGGACUUCUUGUCAUUGGAUGUGGUUUGGCGUUCUCUCAGUCGUCGUCCUUGAAGAAUAUCGUGGAAGGAGCAAGAAGUAUUGGAAUAGGGGCUGACUCUAACGUGUAUGGACUGAUGUCAGGAGUCUAUACGUCGGCCUUCGCCGUUGGUAUGUUCACCGGACCACUGGUUGGAGGGUUUACUGUAGAACAUCUCGGCUUUCAGAUGAGCUGCCUUGUGCUCUCUAUACCGGUCCUUAUCUCAGGAAUUUUGGUCACUAUAUAUACAGCGUCAGUGAGUACGUGUAUGUGUAAAUGUCGUUCAGUUUGCUGCGACCAACAUUCCUCGGAAGACCAAGAAAUGAUAAUGCUGCAGGCGAAACCAUAGCGACUCUUAUACAAGAAUAAAACAAUAUUUAACAAGACCUGUGGUCUCAAGCUAAAAUAAUGGUUAUUUUAGCACUUGGUACAGAGAGAGAGAGAGAGAGAGAGAGAGAGAGAGAGAGAGAGAGAGAGAGAGAGAGAGAGAGAGAGAGAGAGAGAGAGAGAGAGAGAGAGAGAGAGAGAGAGAGACACACACACACACACACACACACACACACACACACACACACACACACACACACACAAUCCCCAUAGGCUUCUCCUACCAAAACCCGAUCAAGAAAUUGGCUUUGUACAUUCUCAUAGCCUUUGAAGGCGCGUGAGUAGGAAUUUUAGCAACGGGAGGGAGGAGGGGUGUUGAAGCCCAAGUUGUCCCAACUGCCGGUGCUCAGCCCAAGAGGACAUUGUGGCGGCCGAAGUUUAUAGUGGGAUUGAGCAAAAAGACAAUUUGCUUGUGUAAGGAGGGGUCUUGUGUAAGGAGGGGUCUUGUGCUAGGAAACUCUGCACACGCUCUUGCUUUAAUGCACGUGUUGUGGAACUCUGGUUGGGACGGUGGUAAUUCCAUAAGGCAGUUUACUUUUGAAGUGGCAUCUUCACACAAUUCUAUGCUGCAGAACAAGAUAAAUGAACCAUGAUGCAAAUUUAAUAAACGCGUUCCGGGUUGUUAUUUUAAUAACUUAUGUGUAACUCUUAAAAACCUAGGGCCUAAAUCACUAAACUCUCGCAACGUUGCGAUCUCGCAGUGAAUGAAUGAAUGAAUGUUUAACGACACCCCAGCACGAAAAAUACAUCGGCUAUUGGGUGUCUAAC